GACUUUUUCUUUUUUUAUUGUUUCCACAGUUAUUAUUCAUAGACAUCAUGGGUAAAACAGCUACACCUGAAUUGAAAAUGUAUAUGGAUAAACAAUUAUCACUUCAAUUGAACAACAACCGAAAAGUGACAGGUAUUCUUCGUGGUUACGAUCCCUUUAUGAAUCUUGUCUUGGACGAAGCCAUGGAAGAAGUCAGUGCAACUGAAAAGAACGCGAUUGGCAUGGUGGUCAUUCGUGGUAACAGUAUCACCUUGAUGGAAUCUCUCGAACGUAUUUAAAAAAACAAACAAUCCUAUCUCAACAUGCCAUCUCUCUCACACACACACAUAUAUAUCUCUUCUCAACCCUCCACAGUUUUUUUUUUUUUUUUU